AUGACUCCUGUCUUUCUGGGAAAUUUGCCACCGACUCCGGAAAAAGCGCCACAGGUCCAAGGCCGUGUGUGGCAGCUCUGCCAAAAGCAGACGGGAUGCCGUCGUGUACAGGAAGCCAUCGAUGCCUGCAGCUCUGACCAGGAGCGAAAUGCACUUGCGCAGGAGAUGGCUGGACAUGUCUGGGAAGCGGCUCGUUGCCCUUUCGGGAACUAUGUCCUUCAGAGAUUCAUCACCUUGCUGAGGCCACGCGACUGCCAGUUCAUCAUUGAGGAGAUCUCUUCCCAGGGGAGGCGAGCAGCUUCGCAGCUGGCACGCCACCGCUAUGGAUGUCGGAUCAUGCAGCGACUCCUGGAACAUCUCCGACAUGAGCAAACGAUGGGAAUGGUGGAUUUCUUGCUUAAGGAGGGGCUUCAGCUCGUCCGGCAUCAGUACGGCAACUUCGUGAUGCAGCGGAUCCUCAGUCAUGGCACGCCCGCCCAGCGGCACUCGCUCUGCCAGCUUCUAUUGAUUCAGGCCUCUGAUCUGGCCACGGACCAGAACGCCAGUGCCGUGUUGGCCAAGGCACUGGCCCAUGUCUGUCCCGAGGACAAGAGAAGCUUGGCAAAUGGGCUCUUGUCGCAGCCAGGGCUUCUCUUAGCCAUGUCCAAAAUUCGGCAUGGCCACCAGACAGCCCUGGCUUUGCUUCAUGUCCUGGAGGGGGAGAUGCUUGCAAAGGCCCUGGACACUAUGCAGGAGAACCUUUCAGCCUUGUCGCGCUCUCGCUACGGCCGGGUCGUGCUACGGAGCAUCCCGGCGCUGAGUGCGGUCUGCACUGAUCUGCCUGGAGAAGAGGUGAUUGCCUACGGCAGGGAGGUGUUGAUAGCGGUUGACAUGAGCGGUCGGGAGCAUGUCCUCCGGCGACGUCCGGUGGCAGGCGAAGCAACUCUGAUGACGGGGGGCGAUGGCAGAGAGGGGACGCUGGGGAGCGUACUGGCACCAGCAUCAGAGUUGCUGCGCCACGAAUGCUGGCACUGGUACUUCGGAGAGGGGAACAGUGCACGGGAACGCACGGGUGCCUGGCACUCUUGCAGAAAAGCCUCGCGCCGCUGCUCCCGCCCCUCGAAGUGCUCUGCCACGCCCCGAUGGCGGGGCAUGGCAGAGCACUUCGAGGGGAUUAGCCUGCAGGCGGAUUGCCAGGCAGCAAGCGGCUUUGCCGAUGUGCGGUCCCACCCAUGUGCCAGGUUAGAGCCGCCAGCUGCUUCAAGUCAGUGUCGACAGAAAAGGGCAGCUAUCUUCCUCAAUCUCGAGCUUUAUCGUUAG